GUUAUCCGCGGAAAACCGUGCUGCCUCCAGGCCAGUGAAGUGGUAGAGCGCUCCAGUCAGUAGUACCGAUCCCGGUGGUUUCAAGUUCAUUCUGUGUUUGGAUCUCGCGCAAAACGGUCGUAGCUACUAACACGCCUGUCUCUGCUAGUCGUGCUACUCCUCGCAAACGGAUUCGAAACCGACGACGACGACGGCGACGAUCGAGUGAAAAGUAAAACGACGCUAAGCCGGUAGCUGAUUGUGCGUGUUCCGGGAGUGAGAACUAACUUUGGUGCUACGAUCUAUUGGAUGAGCAACUGACGGGAGCUGCGGAAAACACAGCGUGACUGCUGAUAAUUUGAAGGCAGAAAAUGAAACUGCCAAGCUCCAGAAUGGUACAGUGCCGGUACCCCCAGCUGCUGGCGAUAGCGUUUGUGGCGCUUCUUCCACUGAUCCGAGCGCAAGACUACGACGUGACUGACAUCCAGUGCUCGUUUGCGUCCCAGGGGUCCAACCUGGGUGACAUCAUAACGGCCAAGCUGAAGAAACCGAUCGGCUUCAAGGGUGCACCACUAUUCGCGGACGACCGUGCCGUCAAUCCGGAGGGCGAUUUCGCAUGUUCCAUCAAGCAGGACCGGAAAGACGCCAGCGAGCUAAGCUUCGACCUCAAGAUCACCGACUUCUCACGGUGCGGCGUGCUGAAGAGGAAUGGUUUCGUCCACGUACGAAUCUGGUUCCCACAGUUCCCGUCAGUUGUGAUGCAGUCCGACCAGGAGCUGAUCAUCAUGUGCAAACCUCCGGAGCCCACCGUUAUUCAGAAUAAGGCCGCUGGAUUUGCCGGCAGUUUCCCCCACGGAGCCCGUGUCUCCGGUGUUGUCGAAGAAACUCCCGGCCGUCUCGAGUACGAGGUAGCCCUAUACAAGGAAGCCCCGCCGAUCGCCCGCAUUGCCGGCAUGAAGAAUCACUCUUCCAACUCUCUACCGGCGAUCACCAACAACGAAGUUCCGGUCGAUCAGGCCGUCCCCAUCGGCACGAAGCUUCAACUGCGAGCCCGCAUCAGCGCUCAAAGCGUCUGGAAGUAUGUCAAACUGUUGGAAGUUACCGUUUCGCCAGAUCCGGAUGAUCCACAUGCCGCCGGAUCGGUUUCGUUGGUCCGUGACGGGUGUCGCAAUAGGGACUUUGCUUCGAUCAUUCCCCACCAACCAGCACGCUACCGCGACAAACCCAAUGAAGUAUUCCUGGACUUUGAAGCCUUCCUGCUGAGCUCAAUGAAGGAACGUAGCACCCUGUGGAUUCACUCGCAGAUCAAGGCCUGCAUGGACGCGAUGGAUUGCCAACCUGAUUUCUGCUUGGAUCUUUACGAACCAACCAAGCGAAAGGGUCUCGGAAGACGUCGCCGCUCCGUGGGAGAGGUAGCCUACGGUAAUCUUCUAUCGAUGAUCGGACACGACCGACAUCGCAGAGCUUCGGGUACUUUGAACACAACCGAGUUUACCAAGUUCAAGGAAAACAUCGAGUACACCGUGAUCAUGCCUGGACAGUACGAUGAUCUGAGGUACAAGGAAGUUCCUGAUCAGUGCAAAAACUUUGUCAUGAUCUCCGGACUGUUGGCCGGACUACUAGCGCUGUCGACUAUUAUUACCUGUGGAUUGGCUUCGCGAUUGCAGGGCAACGGAAAGAAGUCCUCAAUCGACGAGCUCAACGUGAAAGGCUACUCCGGUCGGGCGAUCGUUCAAUAGAAUUCGUCUGCUUUCCUCCCGAUAAACCGAAAAGUAGGCACUCCACCGUGAUCCAAAAUUUUAGGUCAAAGAAAAUAGAAUAUCUCCCCCUAAGAAAUGCAACAAUCAACGAAUCAAUUACUAUAGACAAUGAGCGCUACAGUAUGCUGUGUAAAUUUAAGAAGCUAGACAAAACAAAUACUUAGAUCGUAAGGUGUAGAAUCCAUUCGAGGCUUUCGAGAACGUAUAAAAAAAUCUGGCAGCACUGUAGAAUAAGCCCAAUUUUUAAACCAUCCCUCGGUCCGAUGCAGAGAAAUUAUCUUUAAAAAUUGGGCUUACCAGUGGGUUUGUAGGGAAGACAAAUGGCAAAAUCAAGUUGUUAUAGCCGUGUGAGUAUCUAGAAAUCACACACAACGUAGACUGCAUUUUCACUUAGAGUACGUUUAUAGGAUCGGAAACAUGUUGGUAGCGUUACUGUAGAUUGUCCGUAGCAAAUUUUGUGAAGCAUUUAAUGUUAGCUGGUAUUUAUUGAUAUUUUCUGUGUAAGAUUAUUUUAACUAUCCGUAAGUUCGUGCGUAGCUUUUUCGCGCAAAAUCGUUUCGAACUUGGCGUGAAUUGUACAGUGAUUUUAUUCGUAAAUAAAUAGUUGAGUUUAAAUAAAA